CUCUCUCCACGUGCCCGUCUGUCCGUCUGUUUGUGGACGUCACCAUCCAAACACCGCCGCUGGAGCUCUCACCUGAAAUUUGAUAAUCAUGGAUGCAGCAGAGUUCCGGCGCAGAGGGAGGGAGAUGGUCGACUAUGUCGCCGACUACCUUGAGAACCUAGAACAGCGUCCGGUCUAUCCAGAUGUGGAACCAGGAUAUCUUCGGUCCUUGAUCCCCACUGAGGCCCCGACAGAACCAGAGAGUUAUGAGGACAUAAUCAAAGAUGUGGAGAGGGUCAUAAUGCCAGGGAUCACUCAUUGGCACAGCCCAUACUUCUUUGCCUACUUCCCUGCUGCCUCCUCGUACCCUGCCAUGUUAGCUGACAUGCUAUGUGCAGCUAUCGGAUGCAUUGGGUUCUCCUGGGCUGCUAGCCCGGCCUGCACAGAGCUGGAGACAGUGAUGCUAGAUUGGCUGGGGAAGAUGCUGCAGCUGCCUGAGCAUUUUAUAGCUGGGACUCACGGCCAUGGAGGAGGUGUCAUUCAGGGCACAGCCAGUGAGGCCACACUGAUGUCUUUACUUGCUGCUCGAUGUAAAGCCGUCAGACGUGUCCAGGCCUCAAACCCGGAGAAAUCUGAGGGAACCAUCAUGUCUGAACUAGUGGCGUACACCUCAGACCAAGCUCACUCCUCGGUGGAGCGUGCAGCCCUCAUUGGAGGAGUAAUGAUGAGGAAGGUUCCUUCAGAUGAAAACUACGCUGUCGUAGGAGCUGCACUUCAGAAGAUGGUGGAGGAGGACAAAGCUGCUGGACUUAUCCCUUUCUAUUUCUGUGCGACACUCGGUACUACUCCAUCGUGUGCUUUUGAUCACAUCAGCGAGCUGGGGCCUUUAUGUAAUAAGGAAAACAUGUGGAUGCACAUUGAUGCAGCGUAUGCAGGAAGUGCUUUUAUCUGCCCAGAGUUCAGACCUUUGCUGAAUGGCGUUGAGUUUGCAGACUCUUUCAACUUCAACCCACAUAAAUGGCUUCUAAUCAACUUUGACUGCUCUGCAUUGUGGGUGAAGAAGAGGGCCGACAUCAUUGGAGCCUUCAAGAUGGAACCACUUUACCUAAAACAUGAAAAUCAGGAGUCAGGUCUGGUCACAGAUUACAGGCAUUGGCAGAUUCCUCUUGGAAGAAGAUUUCGCUCUCUUAAAAUGUGGUUUGUUUUCCGAAUGUAUGGACUCUCAGGCAUGCAGGCUCAUAUACGCAAGCAAGUGGCCCUGGCUAAGGAGUUUGAGAGUCUGGUACGAGCAGAUCAGAGAUUUGAGAUCUGUGCUGAGGUCAUCAUGGGACUAGUAUGCUUCAGACUCAAGGGCUCCAAUGAGCUGAACCAGAACUUGCUGAAAAGGAUCACUAAAAACAGAGAGAUCCACCUCGUGCCUUGCCAGCUUUCCGGCCGCUUUGUCCUACGCUUCGCCAUCUGUGCACGCACUACUGAGUCACGUCAUAUCCAACACGCAUGGCGGCACAUCACACAGAUGACCUUUGAGCUUUUGCAGGAGCCCAGUCAUUGACAAAACAGGUCUGACUUCUUAAUGAUCACCAAAGUUAGGACGGAGAUUUCUUGAUGCUGUUGUUAAAUGUCGUAAAGGGAAAGACCCGUGAUUUUACUGCUCUCUCCAUAGGUAUUUUCUGUUUGCAGGCUUGUCAAAAACAAGUUGAUGAUGGAGGAAAUAUAAACCCCACUUCCUGAACAGUUGGGAUGUAAAAUGUGAAUAAAAACACGAUUUGCAAAGGAAUGCAAAUUAAUUGAUUUGCUAAUAAACUUAGAUUUAAUUGAAUACAGCACAAAGAAUAGAUAUGUAAUGUUAAAACUGAGCAACUUGAUUGUUUUUGUGAAAAUACACACACACAUUAUGAAUUUGAUACCUGAAAUUUUCAAAAAAGUAGGGACAGCAGCAUAUUUACCUGUUCUUCAUCACAACAUUGUAAACAUCUGAGGACUGAAGACACUAACCAUAUUUUGCACUUGAUAAUUGGCCAUUCAUUUUCAAUGGUAGACAGGUUACGAUCGCAGGCAGGCCAGUCAAAUACCCUCAUUAUUUUAAUGUGAAGCCAUGCUGUUGUGACUCUUGCAGUAAGUAGCUUGGCAUUGUCUUGCUGAAAUAAGCAGGGGCAUCCUUGAAAAAGAUGUUGUCUGUAUGCAAUCAUAUGUUGAUCCAAAACCUGUCAGUACCUCUCAGCAUUAUUGGUGCCUUCAUGGAUGUGCAAGUGACCCAUGCCAUGGGCACUAAUACACCCCUAGACCAUCACAGAUGUUGACUUUUGAACUUUGUCUUGGUAACAGUCUGGAUGGUCCUUUUUUAGUCUGCAGAACUCAACAGAUGUUGUUUCCAAAAGCCAUUUGUAAAGUGGUUCUGUCAGAUCACAUUUUUCUUCUUUAGGCCAGUCCAUCUCUCUCUCAAGUUGGCAGCACAGGAUGUUGUUGAUGGUUUUACUGUUCAUGGUAGUCUUAACUUAGAUUUAUAAAUGCAGCAAUGCACUGUGUAAACUGACAACGAUUUUUUGAAGUGUUUCUGUCUCUCACAGAAUAAUGCUGGUUGUUAUUGCAGCAUUGCCUGUGGGGUUGAAGGUCAUUCAAUGUCGACAGCUUGGUCGCUCACAGGAGCAGGGUGCAAAAACCUCAGAGGUAGAGUGGGACAGUGCGAGCCUAGCUAGCACAAAGAAACAAAGACAAUGAGGUUUAUCAGCUCACCAAUAAAUAUCUCAUCUUUGUGCCUUAUUCAGAUGAAUUUAGGUUAAAAGGAUUUUAAAAUCACUGUGUUCUGUAUUUAUUUACAUUUUACACAACAUCCCAACCUUUUUUGAAUUGGGUUUAAAAUUUACAGCAUAUGAGAAUAAUGAGAAAGAAAAAAACAUGUCAGAGAUUCUGAAUAUUACUUUUCUGAAUUAUUCAAUGACAGAGUGAGACUGUAAUAUUUCGUCCUCAGAGAACCAGCCCUCUUCUGCAGAUUCAUCUCUACUGUCUUUGCUGCUUCUGUGUCUUUAUUUAAAUUAUUUUUGCUGGGUUAGCUAUGUGGUUUUAGGGUAAUUUUUUUAUUUCUGCAAUGAAUGUAUUGCACAUUGUGUGUGUAACAAAAUCUGAGCCAAUGUGCGGCUUCUUUUUUGUGGUUAUUUCAAGUGAGACAUGGAGGACAUGAAUGACAAAGUUUGAUUUCUCACAUUACUCAAUGUAUGUUGUAUCAAUGGCUUUAUAAAUGUAAUGUUUAAGGAUGUUCUCUGAUCAGGUUAAAUCCCUUGUGAAAGUGCAUUAACCCUCCAUAUCAGUCUGGACAUUUUUGUCCAAAAGGGUCAGUUUUUCACUUUUAUUUUGUGAUAAUUUUGUCUGUGUCUUUGUGAAUGGCACGUUUUUUUUUUUUUGUAGGAAGGUUUUUGUCUUGAUAGAUUUUUAAAAUCCAAAUUUUUUUUUUCAAGGGCCUAAAGUUUACUUUGUUCAAACUACCCUAGUAAGCCAUUCGUGGACAAACAUGUCAGCUGUGAAAAACAUGAACAAAAAAAUAGUUACAUUUUUUUCUCAUUUGUAAUUUUUUAUUAUUUUGACAAUAACGACCAAAUAUUUGAACAUUUUGCUGAUUUUUACCCUUUUUGGUGCCAGUUUGACUACAAACUAACAAACUGUCUUUUUUCAAGCAUAGUAGCAUAUAGAUGUGUCAGAUAAGUCUGACAUAUCCAGACUAGAGAAUAAUUUUUUUGUUUGUGAUUUUCAUUACUGUGACACCAUGUAUGAAAACUGGCAUUUAAAGGGUUAAAAUACUGAAAAUAAUUGAAUAUUUGGUAGAUUUAAUUAGGACUGAAGUUGACUGAAAGAUCAGAUUUUUUAAAAAGUUGAAAAUAUGAAUCUGUAUUACUUUAUUACAUUUUUUGUAAGUGGACAUUUUUGUCCAUAAAUGGCUAAGGAAUAAAGUUUUUAAUUGGAUACUACACAAUCUAUUUUGUUGCCUAUCCUUUACUAGCCAGAACUAUGCUUGAAAAAAACAAAAACAAACAAACAAACAAAAACAAACAAAAACAAACAAACAAACAAAAAAAAAAAAACAACACCUGCCUUUUAUUUUGUAGAAAACAACUCAUUUUCUAAAUUUUUUAUAUUUCUGAUUUUUUUUUAAGAUAAAGAACAAUUAUGACCUCUUGUUGUCAAUCUGGCAUUUUAAAACUUAAAACCCCUAAACUUUCUAAUACUUAGCAGCUUUGGUCAGGGCUGAGGUUAAAAAAAAGAAUUCAUAAAAAAAAUGGGGUAAAAUAUUUUUAUUUAUUUUUUAUUCAGUGUUUUUCACAGUGACAUUUUUGUCCAUGAAUGGCUUUUUAGGGUAGUUCUUAAAUGAUACUGGAGGGUUAAAUAAUUCAUGACCUCAUUAACAAAAAUAUAUUUAUUUCAUUUAUGAUGGCAGGAAUGUACAUAUAUUUUUGUUUUUUCCUUUGUACACAUCUAUUAAAUUUAUAAAGUGUCAUACACACAAGAGUGUAAUUUGAACAAACAGUAGCACAAGACAAUCACUUGUCUGUAAACAGGACAAGAAAAAGACGUGCUACUUUAUGGAGGACACAGAGCCAUUUAUUGUAAUUAUAAUUAUAGAUAAUAAAAGAAUAAUUUAUUUAUGGUAUGACAGAGGCCUUUGCCGUCCAACCAUUUUAAUUUUCACUUCAUAUUUCAUGUAAUUCUGGUUGAGAUCUUGGCUUAUCCCAUCAAUUAACUUGAGAUAAAAAUACAGGCUCAUCAGUGAUGAGUUAAAAGAGUAAAAUUAAUUUUGCUAACUUAAACAAAUGAGUUUUAAAGAUUGAGAUCUCAAAAAUAUAAAUGAAAUUAAAAAAUGUUUUUUUUUUUUUCAGUCUGUCUAAUAUGUACUGGUUGGUGUCCUUUAAGGGCUUCCAUACAAUUCCAUCAUGUUAAGUUGUAUUUCAUGAAAAAGACAAUAGUUUAAAUAAAAAAAUAUUUUAUUUCUCAGUUCAUUAUUAGUAUCAGUUUUAACACUGUCUAUUAACCAUCUAUUAACUGUCUUGUGAAAGUCUUUACACCCUCAAAAUCACUUUCUUUAGCAUAAAGCCCCAAAGUUUAACAGAGAUUCCAAUGACGAACAAAUGUAUGUAAAACACCUUCAUUAUAGUCUCCUGUCUGUCACCAUCCACAGAACAUCUAUUUCACUUUGGUGUGUGUAUCUGUGAUCAUGUAUGAUAUGUAAUGUCACUAAACGGUGUUGUAAAUUCCUCUAAUUUUGUCAGUCAGCUUCCUGAUCAAUAUGUUCUGCUUGGCUGUGUGUUGCAUGGA